CACACACGUACUGAUGAUGAAUUGUGUUCACAAAUCCCAUGAACAUUAAUUUCACCAUCCUAUUUGUAUCAAGGGAUAUACUAUGAUACUUAGAUGUUAAGUAUCAUAUAUAUAUAUGCACAAGUUCACAAGGUCAUGGGUCAAAGCAACUUAUCCACACACAUGAAGAGAUCCACAGUAGAGUAUAAUUUGUCAUCCUCAGCUCGCACUAGAAGCCGAAAGAUAGAAGGGAAAAGGAAAGUGUCAAACAAAGAAACAUUGAUCGUGUCAUUGAGUGCAGUGAAAGAGGCGGAGGAGGAGGAGGAGAGGCAGGCGGGAUGCCCAACCCCGUGGCCGUACUUGGUGAAGAAAGGAGAAAGAAAGACGACGGUUAAGACGGAGAACGGGGAGGUUUCCACCGUGAGAAUCAGCGACGGGAUAGCCAACGGCUGGUAUCACAUCGAGUUCAUCACGUUGGAGCCAAACUCCGUCUUCCUCCCUGUUCUUCUGCAAUCAGACAUGGUGUUCUAUGUCCACACAGGAAGUGGGUGGAUUAGUUGGACGGAUGACGAUAAAACAAAGAAAGUUGAAUUGAGAGGAGGAGAUAUCUACAGGCUGCGCCCUGGGACUCUGUUCUAUAUAGAAAGCAGCUUAGAGAUGGAGCGCCAGAAACUAAGAAUCAAUGCCCUCUUCGCCAAUGCAGAAACUGAUUUGCAUGAACCUGCAGCAACUGGGCCGUACACCAGUAUACGCAAUCUGAUUCUUGGCUUUGACAGGACUGUCCUGGAAGCAGCAUUUGGCAUUUCUGGGGAGCCUAUUGAAGAACUGGUGAGCAGUCCAGAUCCUGGAGCGAUAGUUCAUGGAUUUUCAAAUGAGAAGAAGACUACAGUGGUGGUGUUUGAAUUCAUGAAAGCCAUUUUCGGUAGCAGUAACAUAUUCCAGAGCCAAAGCAACAAGAAGAAGACGAAAACGUACAAUGUUUUCUCCCACGAUCCGGAUUUCGAGAACUGCAACGGGUGGAGCACGGUAGUAUCCAAGAAACAGCUGUCUGCGUUGAAGGACCUUGACGUUAGCGUUUUCAUGGUUAACUUAGCCAAGGGUUCGAUGAUGGGGCCACAUUGGAACCCGAGGGCUACGGAGUUAGGAAUUUGCUUGGACGGGCCAGGAAUCGUGAGGGUGGUUUGUUCCAGCACUGCAAAGCAAACAGGCUGCAAAAACAUGAUCUUUUACGUGGAGGAAGGUGACGUGUUUGCAGUGCCGAGGUUUCAUCCCAUGGCGCAGAUGGCUUUCAACAAUCACUCGUUUGUUUUCAUGGGAUUCAGCACAUCGGCGAAGAAGAACCAUCCUCAGUACCUGGCUGGCAAAGCGUCUGCGUUACGGACAUUGCCCAGAGAUGUUGUAGCAGUUUCCUUUGGUGCUUCAAACGAGACAAUGGAUCUGGUUUUGGAUAAGCAGCAUGAGGCAAUAAUUCUGGACUGUACAUCUUGUGCCGAGGAAGAAUUUAGGAUACUGACAGAGGAAAUUGAGAAGGCAAAAGAGGAAGCUAGGAAGAAGAAAGAAGAGGAAGAAAGAAAGAGGGAGGAAGAGGAGAAGAGAGCAGAAGAGGAAGAAGCUAAGAAAGAAGAGGCGGCUAGGGAGAAAGAGGCAAAGGAAAGAGAAGAGCAAGAAAAGGAGGAAGCAGAGAGGGAAAAACAAGAGGAGGAAAGAAAGAGAGAGGAAGAGGAGAAGAGAAAACAAGAGGAGGCGGCAAAAAGAGCAGAAGAGGAAGAAGCUAGGAAAGAAGAGGCAGCAAGGCAACGAGAAGAGGAGGCAAAGGAGGAAGCUGCAAGAAGAGCAGGAGAGGAGGCGGCUAGAAGAGCGAAAGAGGAAGCGGAGAGGGAAAAACAGGAGGAGGCGGAAGAGGAAGUGAGAAAACGAGAGGCAAAGGAGAGAGCAGAAGAACAAACGAGGGAGAGGGAAAAACAAGAAGAGGCAGCUGCAAGAAGAGCGGAGGAGGAAGCAAGGCAAAGAGAGGCAAAGGAGCGAGAAGAGCAACAAAGCCGUGAGGCAGCCCAGGAGGAAGAGACAAGAUGGGCAGAAGAAGAAGAAGCUAGGAAAGAAGGGGAAGCAAUGCAAAGAGAGGCAAAGAAGAGAGAAGAGGCAGCAAGGCAACAGGAACACCACGAAGGAGGUGGAGGCGGUGGCUGGGGAGACCAUCUAGGCAAAGAAUGGGGAAGAAGAAUCUUGAAAACUUGAAGAAGGCUUCAUUGCCCCUCCUG